AUGUACACGGUACUUGUUUAUUUAAUUCUCUUGACUAGAGUCCAAUCGUUUCCGUUUGACCAGUUCUUACAUGAUCAGUCGGACAGUGUCUUAAAUUUUCUGAAAGAACAAAGUCGUCAAGUUGAACAUGCUCUAACGUCUAGUUACGACAGAGCGGUGCAAGUGAAAAACUCUUUCGACAGUUAUGUAGAAGAGCAAAGGAACAAGAUCAACACGGAAAUUAACAGUUGUAUUGAAAAUGUUAAGGAUAGAGGAAGACAAAUCGCUGAUUCUUUUACCUAUCUUCCUACAGAAGAAGCCGACGCAAAACUCCAAAAUCCUGAUGUAACAUUGACUGUACCAGCGAGGGUAGCACGCAACGGAUAUAGAUGCGAAACACACACGGUAGUGUCCAACGGCUAUCUGUUGAAUUUACACAGAAUACCUCAUUCCAAGAAUGACAGAAAAAUUUCACCAAAGACGAUACUACUCCAACAUGGAAUUUUCGCUAGUUCAGCGGAUUGGAUAAUGAAUGGGCCAGGUAAAGCACUGGCUUAUGUCUUGGCUGACGCGGGAUACGACGUCUGGAUGUCCAAUAUAAGAGGUAACCGCUAUUCGAAAGAACACGCCUGGCUGAAAACGAAUACGAAGUCAUAUUGGAACUUUUCCUGGCACGAUGUCGCUCUGCACGAUAUUCCUAACAUCAUCGACUACAUAAUGAAACUAAAAGGCGAAGGUACUAAGAUCACUUACAUAGGACACUCUAUGGGGACGACUAUCCUCUUCGCUAUGUUAACGUUGCGACCAGAAUACAAUAACAUUUUAACUGCUGGUUAUGCGUUAGCGCCCGUCAUCUUCAUGUCAGAUUUCAAAUCCCCAAUUAAAUCCCUCGCAUCUGUUGGCAAAAACGUCGCUCAUAUGGAGAUGCUGUACGGCAGCCACGAAUUUCUGCCGAAGAAUUCUAUGUUCGGAGAGAUAGUAAGUUCAUGUAAUGUUGAUUAUAUAGAUGAUAAGAUUUGUAAAAAUUUUAUCUUUCAAUUGUGUGGUGAAAACGAGAAACAAUACAAUGAGACGUUGUUACCUGUGUUCUUGUCUCAUUAUGGUGCUGGAACAUCGUGGAAAACUGUAUUACAUUUUGCUCAAGAGAUUUUGGCAAGAAAUAAAUUUCAGCAAUUUGACUUUGGUCCAUCUAACAAUCAAAGAAUGUAUGGGAGCGACCAACCCCCAGAAUAUGACUUGAGUAAAAUUACAUUACCCAUACAUUUAUACUGGGCUCGAAAUGAUCUAUUAUCGAGUGAAAAAGAUGUGAAAAUGCUUCUAGAUAAAUUGCCUUCAACAACAGAAGCUUACUUAGUGCCGGACCCGAAAUUCAAUCACUUAGACUAUCUGUGGGCUAUAGACGCAUCAACAUUAAUAAACUCACAAAUGUUAAGUUCACUACAGUCAACGUUCGAAGAUCACCUAUGA